AUGUCUGAAUUAUCCAAGGAGGAGAAAUUGAGAAGGCGACAGGAACAGCUAGCGAAGUGGAGAAGUAAGAAGACUUCAUCUUCUUCGCAAAAUGAGGACCGUGAGCCUGCUCCACUAGAAAAGUCAUCUACAGCGACGCCUGAAGAACAAAAGAAGCUCGAUAGACAGAGAAAACUUGAAGAAUGGAAGCGCAGGAAACAAGAACAACAAGAGGGCAACUCUUCGGGAACGACAGAUGCCAAAAAAGAAGAUACCCCACUUGAAGAACGGCAAAGGAGGCUCGAAGAGUGGAAACAGAGGAGGCAAACAACGGAGCCAGGCAAAGAGCAAUCUAAAGGUAAGCUGCUGUUGAGAAAAAGUGGAUUGCUUACAAGAAUCCCUAAAACCCUGACUAAGAUUCCGCACUUAAUGAAAAGAAAGGCAGUUUUUGAGUCGGACGACGAAUCCACUUCAGAGCCAGUGUUCAAAAAACCUCUUAUAAAAGAUAUUAAGUUUGGAGAUGCUAAUGAUGCUAAGGAGGGAAAUGAAGAACGAGCAGAGGUUGAAGCGGAGGACGCACUUGAUGCGUUCGUUCAGCAUUUAGAAAACGAACAGAUGCCUGAGUUGAUGUCAGAUGUGGCUAUGUCAGAACACGAAGCUUCCGAUACAGAGGACUCGGAGGCUGAAAGUGACUCCGACGACAAGCUUCUUUCUUUGAGACUCAAGAACUUACAGAAGGGAAAAGAGUUGUCCGUCGUAGAUCACGAUCUGGUAGACUACAUGCCUUUUCGCAAGGACUUUUAUCAGGAGCUGCAAUCAGUAAGCGAUCUCACCGAAGAAGAAGUCGAAGAACUUCGCUUACAGAUGGAGGGGAUCAAGGUGAAAGGUUCCAAUUGCCCACGCCCUAUUUGGAUGUGGUCUCAAUUAGGGUUUUCUUCCACCAUCAUGUCACUCAUAGAAGAGAAACUCGAAUACAAAAAGCCAACCCCAAUUCAAUGCCAGGCUCUUCCAAUCAUUAUGUCAGGACGUGAUAUCCUCAGCAUCGCUAAAACAGGAUCAGGAAAAACUAUGGCGUUUGUUCUUCCCAUGUUAAGACAUGUGCAAGAACAACCACCCUUAUCUAAAGGUGACGGGCCAAUUGCGCUUCUUCUUUCCCCUACUCGAGAGUUAGCUCUACAGAUCUUCAAGCAACUUUCUAUAUUCACCAAAAAGUUGGGCAUUUCUGCUUGCUGUUGCUACGGCGGUUCUUCUAUCGAACUUCAAAUCGCAGAACUUAAAAAAGGCUGCCAAGUUGUAGUAUCUACUCCUGGGAGACUUAUAGAUCUUUUAGCAGCAAACGGUGGGCGUGUUUGCAACUUGCGAAGAGUCACCUACGUUGUUCUCGACGAGGCAGAUAGAAUGUUUGACUUCGGGUUUGAGCCUCAAGUAAACAAAAUCUUCAGUCAGGUACGACCCGAUCGUCAAAGUAUUUUAUUCUCAGCAACUUUCGCUCGCAAAAUGGAAAUGCUUGCAAAAGCUAUACUUCAUGAUCCGAUUCAGGUGAUUGUGGGAGGUAUUAGUGUUGUAUCCCAAGAAAUCACUCAACGUGUUGAACUUUUUGAAGUAACUGAGAAUGACAACGAAGAUACCAUAGAAAAAAGGAAGUUUGAGAAGCUAUUGAAAGUUUUGAAGGAGUUUCCGAGUACCAAGAAGUUGAUUUUUGUGGAAAAACAAGAUUCAGCUGACAAGCUAAUGGUUAAGCUUUUAACAGAAAACAUACCCAGCUUGACUAUACAUGGUGGGAAAGAGCAAAUCGACCGCAAGUAUGCUAUUAAAAACUUCUCAGACAAUGAUUCGGGUGUGGACGUACUUAUUGCAACUUCAAUAGCUGCAAGAGGUUUAGAUGUGAAAGGUCUUGGUUUAGUUGUGAAUUAUGAUCCAGCCAAUCAUAUGGAAGACUAUGUCCAUCGCGUCGGAAGAACAGGCAGAGCGGGAAAUACUGGCGUUGCUUACACAUUCGUUACAUCAAAACAAGAACGACCUAUCACAGAUUUAGUGAAGGCAAUGCGCCUCAGCAAAAUGCCAGAGGAUGCAAUCGAUCAACGGUUGGUUGAAAUUUCUAACGGCUUUUUGACUCGAGUCAAGGACGGGGAAGAGAAAUUUAGAUUCGGGUUUGGAGGAAAAGGUUUGAAUAAACUAGACGAAAUCAGGAACUCACAUAUGGCGCUUGAGAGAAAAGUGUAUGAAGCGGAGUCUGGAAGUAUUCUGAAGAAUGAAAACACAAAGACUAAAUGGACUAAUACCGAAGGAACACCAGAAAUUAACGGUGAAAAGAUCGAUUUACCAGAAUUUAAAAUUAUCGAGGGCAGAGCAGAAGAGACCUCGGGACCUGACAAAUGUAAAUUCCACUCUCGAAUCACAAUUAAUGACUUACCACAGAGGGCGCGUUGGUAUGUGGUUAAUAGAGAUAGCUUGGGUUCUAUCAUUGAGGCUACAUCCACAUCGAUUACAAACAAAGGCCAAUACUAUGCCCCAAACACGAAAAUUCCAAUAACGACAAAAAUUGGUGGCCGUAACGUGCCGGCGCCUCCUAAACUUUAUUUACUCAUUGAAGGUCUCACAGAAGAAUCCGUCAAUGAGGCCAAUAAAAUGAUAAAGCAAAAGAUGAUCGAGGGUCUCGAGAUAGCAUCAAAGGAAGAAAAUCUGAUCCCUACCGGCAAAUACUCUGUAUAG